AUGGCAGCACCAAGGAAAGCCGUCAGCAUACCUUCGGGUGAGAUAGCAGUGACCGUCAAAUUGAUUAAUCCAGUCAAUUUUGGACCCGCCAUCCUUAAGAGGUUUAUGGCACCAGAUGUCCCAGGACUAGCGACGUUUAAGACAUCACCAUCAUUAUCGUUUCUACUGGAGCACCCGUCUGGUCGACGUCUCGUUUUCGAUUUGGGCAUUCGCAAGGACUACGAGAAUUAUUCCAAGUCCAUUGCGGACUAUCUGCCAACCACAAAUUACAAAAUCCAGAUCGAGAAAAAUGUUAUUGAUAUCUUGGACGAGCAUGGCGUUCCCGGCACAGACAUCGAAGCUGUAAUAUGGAGCCACUGGCACUGGGACCAUAUCGGAGACCCGUCCACUUUUCCCUGGUCUACGGACCUAGUAGUUGGACCAGGUUUCAAAAAAGCCAUGCUGCCAGGCUAUCCUGCUAACCCGGCAUCCCCUAUCCGAGAGAGUGACUAUGAAGGCCGGAACCUACGAGAGAUUGAUUUCGACGGUCCCGAGGAGUUCAAGAUCGGACAGUUUCGCGCAUUCGACUAUUUUGGUGACGGAACAUUUUAUCUCCUCGACAGUCCAGGACACGCAAUAGGCCAUCUUUGCGGUCUUGCGCGAACACAAACCAAUCCAGCCUCAUUUAUACUCAUGGGUGGCGACAUUUGCCAUUACGCAGGCAUUUUUCGUCCCUCCGAAUAUCUACCCGUUCCUAAAUCGAUUACACCUCACCCGUUGCAACCUGCAAGCUCUCUGGCUUUCUGUCCUGGCAGUGCAUUUGACAAUUUGCAAAAAUCAAGAGGGCGCAACCCUACAGAUACUUUGUAUGACAUGACGUAUGGCCACGAUAUCCCGUUGGCAACCGAGACAAUGCGAUAUUUGCAGGAACUCGAUUGUCUCGAUAAUAUCUUCGUCAUUAUCGCCCACGAUUCGACAGUUAGAGAUGGCGUUGACCAUUUUCCCAAAUCACUCAAUGCGUGGAAAGAGAAGGGCUGGGGGAAUGACCUGAAAUGGGCCUUCUUCCGUGAUCUGGAACAGUACUGGAAAUCUCAAGCAGUGGCUAAGUAG